CAGAGAACAAGUCCAGGAAACAGACUUGUAUCAUUACGUUUUGCCACAGUGGUGGCAUGAAAUGUAUGAAAUAACUCUUUAAUCUGCACGGAUUGUGUGGACAACACAUGAAGGGAUAUAUGUUGUUCUACCUGACUUCAACAAAAGAUGGCACUCACGAGCAACAAGACUGAGCUGAGUGCAGAUGACUUCUUGGAGAAAUGGGACCUACUUGGCUCUGGGGGAUUUGGUUGUGUCUACAAAGCCAGGCACAAACUCUGGAGAUUUGAUGUGGCCAUUAAGCUGCUUCGUGAUGGUGUUGGCACUGAGAAAGAACUCUAUGAAGAGGCUUAUCAUAUGAAUGAGGCCUCUUCUGAGUUUGUCGUGCGGGUUCAUGGAUUUUUUAAGGGAGAAAAUACCAUGCGAAAGGGAAUAGUCAUGGAAUUCAUGAAAGGAGGAUCCAUUCAGUCCCUGCAGAAGGACCUGUCUGGCCCUCCACCGUGGGCCCUGGCCUUCCGCCUGGCCCAUCAAGUGGCUCUAGCCAUAAACUUCCUCCAUUUAAAAGGUCUUAUGCACCAAGACCUAAAGCCAAGUAAUGUGCUGCUGAAUGACGACCUCAAUGCCAAGCUGGCAGAUUUUGGUCUGUCCAGGGUUUCAACCAGUGCAUUGAACAACAAGGACGAAAUGACAGGAGAAAUUGGAGGCUCAUACAAGUAUAUGCCUCCUGAAGCUUUCGAAGUGUCAUACAAACCUGUUCGUUCUUUUGACAUAUACAGGUUAAUAUUCAAAUAUUCAAAUUGUUGA